GGCUUUAGGACCCGGUGGCGGCGGCGGUGGCAGUGGCAGCACUGCGCCCUCCACGGGGCUGUGUGUGUUUACAGUGGAGAGAAUGGAGCUUUAGAAACUGGAGUUUUUAUUAAUCACCAAUCAGAAUGAUCACCUGCCUUACUGCUGAGGGGACGAUGAGGACUGAUACACUGUGAUACAGUUGUUUUGAUGGAGUCUUCGCGGGGAACUGGCUCUCACUCCCGCGAGUAUAAACUGGUGAUGCUGGGGGAAGGAGGAGUGGGGAAAAGCGCCAUCAUCAUGCAGUUUAUCAGCCACAGGUUUCCUGAGGACCAUGACCCGACCAUAGAGGAUGCGUAUAAGACGCAGAUACGCAUAGACGAUGAGCCAGCAAACCUGGACAUCUUGGACACAGCAGGACAGGCUGAGUUCACAGCCAUGCGGGAUCAGUACAUGAGAGCUGGAGAAGGCUUCAUCAUCUCCUAUUCCAUAACGGACCGCCGCAGCUUCCAGGAGGCUCGUCACUUCAAGGAGCUGAUCUACCGUGUCCGCCGCACCGUGGACACACCUGUGGUGCUUGUGGGAAACAAAUCAGACCUUGCUCACCUCAGACAGGUGUCAAUGGAGGAAGGAAAAGAGCUGGCGAGGGAAUUCCAGUGUCCGUUCUUUGAGACAUCGGCAGCAUUUCGUUAUUACAUUGAUGAAGUGUUUGCCGCACUGGUGCGCCAGAUCCGUCAGAAGGAGGCCGAGGUGGUUCGGGGGAACGAAAGAAAGAGCCGCCGCUCACACUCUUUCUGGAGUCGUCUGAAAGCACCGUUUCACAAGAAACAGCAGUCUGGGCACUGAGGGGGCUGAUGGGAUACUGUGGUCCUCUGAGACCUAGACGGGGACAUCUGUACACUGAAAAAAAAGUGCCGCAUUGAGUUAGCUUGUUACAUACAUAAUUUCCCAAAUGAAUGUAAUAUGCUACAUCAGCACUGUUCUGACUUUCAGUUUACUUACUUCUGGCAAUAAUUAUACUGAUGUAACAUUUUAUUCACAUGGAAAUUAAUCAGUGCGUCACUUUUUCCCCCCAGUGUCGUCCUCUUUCUGCCAGCUCCAAAAGGGGCGUUUUGUGAACUAUUGACAUAGAUAGCGUACAUGAUUUAAUACCAUUGAUUAAGCACUCCAAAUCAUUUUCAUUUUGCUGAUCUGACACCGACCAGCCUUUUUUGUGCAGGACACACACUUACGGUCAUUAUACUGUAUGUAAAGGCUGUUUAUUGUUACUCUUAUAGGUUGACUUAUUAUUAGUGGAAAAGUAUUGAACUUGAAAGUUUUGUAUUUCUUAAUAUAUGCGCAGCAGCUUUUGAGGUUGACUUUCAGGAGAACUGUAGUACCUCGAUUUGAAAAAUGGGAGGAAAUAAGAAAGUUGUGGAGACCUGAGGAAAGGAUUGUUAUGGGGUGAUGGGAGUAGAGAUAUGCAGUAUUGUGCAUAGUGUGAGAAUACUCUUCAUUUCUUUCAUUUCCAGUCAAAAUGGCCAUUAGGCAAGGUUAUUGUUUUAUCUUUUUAAAGAGGUUUAAUAAGACAGAAUGGCUGUGCAGCUUUUUUGAUGGUGGUCGCUGUGUGAUGUAUGAUGUUGCUAGGUGGUUUCUGUGGUAAUCCAGGUAGUUGCUAUGAUGAGCAAUAUGAUUAAAAGAUGGUUGCUACACUGUUGCAAGGUGAUGGCAAUGGCAUUUAAGGCUGAUUGAUAUGGCUCAUGUUGUUUUCAAGUGGUUGCUGUGGUUUAUUGUGUGUUUCUAAUGUGCUGGUAUCAUCGUGACAUUUAUGAAAACAACUGAAGAAAAUGUGCAAAAUUCUGUUGCUACAUGGAAACAUCUGAUCAGAAAGCUGUAAACCCGCCUGAAUCACACAAUUAGACUGAGCAAACUGUUGGAGUUAGAAUGAUGUUGACAUCUUUACAACUACAGAUAAGUGUAGUUAAUAUAAGAGUACAGCAUAAGAAGGAUAAGAAUAAGAAGAUACAUCAGGUAAUCUAAUUGCUUUGCAGUGCAUACCAUAAUAAUCAGUCUAAUAAUAAUUGUGAGGAAGGAGAAAGAAAGCAAAGGAACAUAAAGAAAAAUACAGGAGUUUGCAAAACUGGAGUUCAAAACAUGAUUCAUAGAAAAAAAUAUGACCUUUAAUAAACUUUCUAGACUUGAUAGUCUUAAAAAUGCCUCCAUCAGAACAACAGCACUUUCAUCUUAGACCUGUAAACAUCCACAGAUGUUUGUGUCUCCCUGAAUGAAAGGAUAUGGAACAGAUAAAGAAGCUCUUACUGAGAAAGGCAAACAAAUGAAUCAAACAGCUGCUCUCAAAAAAACUCAAAAUGAAAAUGCUUUGACAGAACAAAACGUGUUUCUCUGCAGGUGUUUUGAAGAAGAAUUACACGCGAGUCUACAGAGAAGAACAAAAGCUGUAACAAAGAUAAAGGGUGCACUUGUAAAACACUCAAACAGCUAAUAUCACACAUUAAACUAGAAUUAAAUGAAUGAAAAAUGGUUCAAUUAAAGUAUGAAAUUGCUAAUAGAAUGUGUUGACAAUCUUGUACUUAAUGGCUGUUUUGACUGGACCCUAAACAAAUGAAGGGUGAGUUUUGCGGUAGGGAUGAUUUAUAGAAGGUUUAAGAUAUUGCAGGAAAGAACAGAAAGUGAGAAUGCAGUAUGUGAGGAGUAAAGGACAGAGAAAGAAAUAGAUGGACAGCAUUAAACAAAGUGCUGAAUUUAUGUGUACAUGAUUUUCACAUGGGCAUAACUCAUCCACAUAGAACUGUUUUUCACAUUUUUAGCAAUGACCUGUCAUGUAAUGCAAUUAAUUCAUGUGAAAACUAUGCACACAUUUGAUUCACAUAUAUACAUAUGUUGUGUAUACAUUUUAUUUUUCAGCGUAGGUCAAAAAUAUGGAUGGGAAGUUCAGUUAUGUGGAGACGUGCUAGUUGGCUUAACUGAUUCUGUAAAAGUAUCUUUUCAUCCCAGUUGUGUUUUUGUGUCCAAAGCUUGAGUCAAGGGCAUGUUUGCUUUGCAUCUGUGGGCUGCAGUCUGUUUGCAGUGCGGGUGGGUGUGUUUCGAUAGGGAUUGAGCUUUGUCAGAGGGGCUUGCAGAAGACACACUGGGAAAGUCCAGCCAUGCACACACAGAGAGAUUAAUGGACUAGAUGACUCAAUACAACACAAUAGAGUUGGAUUUACAGUAGAGGGUAUGCCAGUUGUUACUGUUGUAGAGUAAUGUAGUCAGUAGAUGAACAGAAACCUUACCUCUCCCAAAAUGGCAAAUGAAUGUGACUAAAUAAAAUAUGUGGUGUUCUCUCUUUCCCAUAUUGUGCAGUUACUACACAUAAGAUCUGAAUGGUAUAUCUGGCUGUUGCUGAGUGUUAUGCAAAUGCCAGACUUUUUUUUUUCUUUAAGUGUGAGAUUUUUUAUUAAUUGCGUGAUCAUGAAUACUAUAUUUUCCUUAAUUUAUUUUCAUCAGAGAUUCUGGAAUAAAAUUGACGUAGAUUUAACAAAGUAAA